AUGGAUGCCGAUCUGUCAAUACCUGAAGGCGGUAUAGGCGUUGAAGGAGAACUUCCAGAUGCGAAUAUCGACGUGAAGGGAAUCAAAGGCAAAGGUGGUUUUCAUAUCGGUCUACCUAGUUUACCUAAAGUCAGUCUAAAAGGUAAAGGUACAAGAGGAGAUGGAGACUUCGAUGUAGAAUUACCAGAAUGUGAUGUGAAAGCUGAGGUUCCGGAUGUCAACCUGAAAGGUCCGAAGGCAUCGGGAGGUUUCCACAUUGGCAUGCCAAAAUUUGGUGUGAAAGGAAAAGUACCCAAGGGCGACGUGGAUGUGGAUCUGCCGGAAGGAGGCGUAGACGUUAAUCUCCCGGAGGCUAAUUUGGAUCUAAAAGGUCCGAAAGGUUCUGGUGGGUUCAAUAUCAAUUUACCAUCGUUUGGUUUAGGAGGAAAAGGGGAAGCCGAUUUGGAUGCCGGCAUAUCGUUACCAAAAGGCGAAGUUGGUAUCAAAGGUGAAUUGCCCGACGCCGACAUCAACGUUAAAGCUCCAAAAGGAAAAGGCGGUUUCCACUUCGGUCUACCGAAAUUUGGUAUCAAAGGUAAGGAGCCGAAAGGUGAAAUUGAUAUGAAUCUUCCAGAAGGGGACCUGAACGUGGACGCUCACUUGCCAGAUGCCGACGUAGAUCUGAAAGGACCAAAAAGUUCCGGCGGAUUCAACAUAAAAAUGCCGUCUUUCGGAAUCAAAGGUAAAGGUCCUAAGGUAGAAGGAGGCGUCGAUGCAGAUGUAUCUUUACCGAACGUAGAAGCUGAUCUGAACGCCGGCGUAUCGUUACCAAGAGGCGAAGUUGGAAUAAAAGGUGAAUUACCAGAUGCCGAUAUCAACGUUAAAGUUCCAAAAGGAAAGAGUGGUUUUCAUAUCGGUUUGCCUAAAGUU